AUGGCAGUUCCAAUGACACUAACGUUGGCCAUUUUGUGUUUUAUUGCACACAGUACCGCCUUUCUUUUCCACGGGGACCACAAUCCAGGACAAGCCACGACCAUUGGACCACUAGGUAAAGAUGGUACGCUCUCCCUUCUGGUUAACGAUUUUUUGGAUCUGAAAGCCCGAGUCAUAAGCCAAGAGCACGAAAUCCAAAUCUUAAAGAACCAAAGAGCGUCUGAGGAUAAUGUUACUGCUGGUACUGUAAAUAAGCUUAUGUCAGAAUAUGUAGAUAUUAAAGCUGCAUUUGGACUUAUAAAACAAGAGUUUGACCGGAACAACAACCAAACAGGACUUCAAGCUCUCAAAGCGAGACAAGACAAUAUGGCGCAAUCUAUCCGAUAUUUAACACUAUCUCUGGAAGGUCACGAAAUGCAUGAUGAGGAGACAAAUAGGACAACUUAUCACGAAAUUGGACAGCUAAAUUCCAAAUUGGUAAACGAAAACCACGUUUUGAAUGAGGAGAUUCUAAAUUUAACAAACCGUGUGUCUGCAGAGUUCAACGCUCUUUUAACAGCACAUGAGGCAAAACUCGCCACUUUAGGAUCAGAAAUAGCCAAACAGAAAACGAAAUUAAACAAUUUGAACAACACGCUUCUUAUGUUUCAUAUUGGGGACCAUAAAAUUCGACUAGCCGGGGGAGAUUCAAAUUCUGGCAGAGUGGAGGUUCUGUAUCUCGGACAGUGGGGGACAGUGUGUGACGAUGAUUUUGACAGCAAUGAUGCUAAAGUUGUGUGUCGAAUGCUCGGAAAAGCCACAACCAAUGCUGUAGCAUUUCACUCGGCACAUUUUGGACGAGGAGCUGGUCCGAUACAUUUUGAGGAUUUAGAGUGCACUGGAUCUGAAAUAGACUUGUUUCGCUGUAAGCGUCCGCCAAUUGGGGUUCAUGAUUGUGGCCAUAGUGAAGAUGCUGGAGUACAAUGUGGAUGAGACAAAACAGACAAAGAAAGAAAAAACAGAGAGAUGCACCUACCGUAUAAGAUGCUCUAUAUGAAUACAUAUUGGAAUAAAAAAUUGAUAUUGUGUUGUGUGACGUUUGAAUGCGAAUGCAUACGAUGUUUAAAAUACUAAUAAAUUAAAAUGAAUGAGAA